AUGCACUCCAACUCUCCUUCCAGCACUGUGUCAGAGGAGCCAAGAAGGAAGCCAGGACUUUUAUCUUCACUAACUGGUAAUGAGUGCCCAUUCAGUGUUAGAGGAGACCAGGAAGGGAGACUGGAUGUCCACCCACACCCAGAAGUUAUAAGGCCCGAUCACGCUGGCGGCGGCGGCGGCGGCGGCGGCGGCGGCGGCGGUGACGACUUCUUCCUGGUGCUGCUGGACCCGGUGGGUGGCGACGUGGAGACCGCGGGUGCCGGCCAGGCCUCAGGGCCUGUAUGGAGGGAGGAGGCCGAGCAGGGCUCACGGCUCCAGGGGGGCGAGAGCAGCGCGAACCCCACGGGCCACCCUGCGCUGGGCUCCCGCUGCCUGUCUGCAGUCCCCGCCCCUGCCCGGGCCCCGGCCCAGGCCCCUGCCCCGAUCCCCGCCCCAGGCCUGGGCCCCGCCGCGGCCUUCGCGGGCACCGUCACUAUCCACAACCAAAACCUGCUGUUGCGCUUCGAGAACGGCGUCCUCACCCUAGCCACGCCCCCGCCGCCAGCCUGGGAGCCUGGGGUCUCGCCUGCCCCGCAGCCGGGGGGUCUGAUCGCCCCGCAAGCAGAGGUCCCGCACGCCGCGCAGCCCGGCGACUGCCCCGAGCUGCCGCCCGACCUCCUGCUGGCCGAGCCGGCCGAACCUGCGCCCGUCCCGCCGCCCGAGGAGGAGGCAGAGGGGCCGGCCGCCGCUGAGAGUCCUCGCGGGCCGCUGGGCCCGGGCCCGGGCGUGGUGCUGUACCUGUGUCCAGAGGCACAGUGCGGACAAACCUUCGCCAAGAAGCACCAGCUGAAGGUGCACCUGCUGACACACAGCAGCAGCCAGGGCCAGCGGCCCUUCAAGUGCCCCCUGGGCGGCUGCGGCUGGACCUUCACCACGUCGUACAAACUCAAGAGGCACCUGCAGUCGCACGACAAACUCCGGCCAUUUGGCUGCCCGGUGGAGGGCUGUGGCAAGAGCUUCACCACCGUGUAUAACCUCAAGGCGCACAUGAAGGGCCACGAACAGGAGAACGCGUUCAAAUGUGAGGUGUGCGAGGAGAGCUUCCCCACACAGGCCAAGCUCAGCGCACACCAGCGCAGCCACUUCGAGCCGGAGAGGCCCUACCAGUGCGCGUUUUCUGGCUGCAAGAAGACAUUUAUCACAGUGAGUGCCCUGUUUUCCCAUAACCGCGCCCACUUCAGGGAACAGGAACUCUUUUCCUGCUCCUUUCCUGGCUGCAGCAAACAGUACGACAAAGCUUGUCGGCUGAAAAUUCACCUGCGGAGCCACACCGGCGAGAGACCUUUCCUUUGUGAUUUUGACGGCUGUGGCUGGAACUUCACCAGUAUGUCCAAACUCUUAAGGCACAAAAGGAAGCACGACGAUGACCGGAGGUUCAUGUGUCCUGUGGAAGGCUGUGGGAAAUCUUUCACGAGGGCCGAGCAUCUGAAAGGCCACAGCAUAACCCACCUGGGAACAAAGCCGUUUGUGUGCCCCGUGGAAGGCUGCUGUGCCAGGUUCUCUGCUCGAAGUAGCCUCUACAUUCACUCCAAGAAGCACUUGCAGGAUGUGGACACUUGGAAAAGCCGUUGCCCAGUCUCCACUUGUAAUAAACUCUUCACAUCCAAGCACAGCAUGAAGACCCACAUGGCCAAAAGGCACAACCUAGGCCAGGAUCUCUUAGCUCAGUUAGAAGCUGCAAAUUCUCUUACGCCCAGCAGUGAACUUGCCAGCCAGGGACAGAGGGAUCUCAGCGAUGCAGAGCUAGUGCCUCUCUUCUCUGACGUGCCUGGCAAUAGUUCUGCUGCGGUGCUAGACACGGCAUUGGUGAACUCUGGAAUCUUGACGAUUGAUGUGGCUUCCGUGAGCUCAACUCUGGCAGGGAACCUUCCCGCUAAUAAUAAUUCCUUAGGGCAGGCUGUGGACCCUCGGGCCUUGAUGGCCACCAGUGACCUUCCUCAAAGUCUGGAUACCUCUCUCUUUUUUGGAACGACAGCUGCCGGUUUUCAGCAGAGCCCCUUAGAAAUGGAUGAUGUCUCAAGUCUAAGUGCUGGGCCGUUGGGAUCUCUGAGCUCUUUGGCUAUGAAAAACUCGAGUCAAGACCCCCAAGCUUUGACCCCCAGCAGUAAGCUAACAGUGGACACAGAUGCUCUGACUCCUUCAAGCACCCUUUGUGAAAACAGUGUCUCAGAUCUGCUGACGCCAACCAAAGCAGAAUGGAACAUACAUCCUGACUCUGACUUCUUUGGACAGGAGGAAGAAACCCAGUUUGGAUUCUCCAAUGCAGCAGGAAACCAUGGUUCUCAGAAAGAAACAGAUCUUAUCACAGUGACUGGCAGCUCAUUUUUGGUAUGAACUAACUCUAUUCAUUCCCCGCCACAUGGCUUACUUUUACUAAUUACACUCAAUUGUAAGGAUAUUCUGGACUAAACGUUUAAAUGCAGUCAUGACUUAUAGGUUUG